UCCGCGAGCACUUCAGGAACAAGAUGGCUGUCCCGGACGAAAAAAGUUGUUUUUCUACUUUUACGUCAACUUUUUGAUUGAAACCGUCGGAGCGCUUUUACUAACGUAUAGCGUAUCUACUGAAAUCAACCACGCUGUGGACCAACCACACUCAUUUUGGAGAGAACGUUGAGGAUUCCCAGCUCUUUUACAGCUAAGACGUUUCGUAAGAAAAAUAACGGAGGUGAAAGUGUUCUCGAGAAGAGGAGCCGGACUAAACUGAUAGCGAUCUACGGUCCUUCGCCGCUAUUUAUCUGCUUAGAACGGAAGUGAUAAUUUCAAUAACUUGGAGAAACUUAAAGCAUGAGUUCAUCCAGAGUCAGACCCCAGCAGCAGCCGGCCCGGUCCCCCAACAACUCGGACGUUAGCGAGGGGAUAGAGAUGGAGAACAUCCAGCACCAGGAGCUGGAGCUCGGGGAUGCAACUCCGUCCCCUCCGUCCAGGCAAGCGUGGAGUCGGGACAACCCUGGGUUUGAGCCCGAGGAUGGGAUCAUUCAAGCGGACUGGCCUCCGGCGAGCCCCGGGAGGAGGUCGGUUUCCACGGUCUCCAGUAGCAGCUGUAGCAGCGGCCUCGGAGGCUUCACCGGCGGCGGCAGCAGCAGCAACAUCCCCCGGGGUGGACCGUAUCCCAGCCCGAGCGUGGAUGCUCGGCAGGGAAAACACGAGCACCGUGGCUGCUUGAAGCAGAUACUUCAUAAAAUCAGAGUGUUGUGGGGCACUGAACUGAUGGAGGACAGCGACAGCAGCCGGGAACGUUACCUCAGGAACGUGCUGAGAGAGAUGGUCACUUACGUUGCGUUCCUCAUCGUUUUAUGCAUCUUGACUUAUGGGAUGGUCAGUUCCAACAUGUAUUACUACACCAAAGUGAUGUCUCAGCUGUUCCUGGACACACCGCUCUCGGCCGGACACCCUUCCACUUUUAAGAGCCUCUCCACGAUGGACGACUUCUGGAAGUUCACAGAAGGCCCCUUCCUCAACGGCAUGUACUGGGAAGUGUGGUACAACAACAAGAGCCUGCCGGAGAAUCAGAGUCUUAUUUACUAUGAGAACCUUCUACUUGGGGUCCCUCGUCUCAGACAAGUGAAAGUGCACAAUAAAUCCUGCUCCGUUCAUGAAGAUCUGAAAGACACAGUUCAGGACUGCUUCAACAUGUACACCUCGUCCAAUGAAGACAAAGCCCCCUUUGGGCCAAAGAACGGAACUGCGUGGACGUACACAACAGGGAGCAGUUUAAAUGGUAGCAGCCAUCGAGGUCAGGUGUCCUGGUAUGGAGGCGGAGGAUACUACCAGGACUUGUCUCGCACCAUGGAGGGCUCUGCAGUGCAGCUGCGCUUUCUCAAAGACCAUCUGUGGUUGGACCGCGGCACCAGAGCCGUCUUCCUCGACUUCUCCGUCUACAACGGCAACGUCAACCUCUUCUGCAUUGUCAGGUUGCUGGUGGAAUUCCCUGCCACAGGUGGGGCCGUGACCUCCUGGCAGUUCCAGACAGUGCGGCUGAUCCGAUACCUGUCUAGCUGGGACUACUUUGUGGGCUUCUGCGAAGUGUUGUUCUGCCUGUUCAUCCUCUACUAUGUGGUGGAGGAAGUACUGGAGAUCCGGAUUCACCGGCUGCAUUACUUCAAGAGCGUGUGGAAUUGUCUAGAUGUCAUCAUCGUGGUGCUGAGUGUCGUGGCUAUCAUCAUGAAUAUCGCCAGAACAGCCAUGGUCGGAAAUCUCCUCAAGGGGCUGUUGGAGAAACACAACACCCACCCCAACUUUGAGACUUUGGCCUACCUGCAGGUCCAGUUCAACAACGUGGCUGCUGUUAUUGUCUUCUUCUCCUGGGUCAAGCUCUUUAAGUUCAUCAACUUCAACAAGACCAUGAGCCAGUUGACAGGCACCAUGUCCCGCUGCGCCAAAGACCUGGUCGGGUUCGCCAUCAUGUUCUUCAUCAUCUUCCUGGCGUACGCUCAGUUGGCCUACCUGGUGUUCGGAACCCAAGUCAAUGACUUCAGCACGUUCCAAGCCAGCAUUCUGACGCAGUUCCGGAUCAUCCUGGGAGACUUUGACUUCUCCGAGAUUGAGAGCUCCAAUCCGGUGCUGGGGCCGAUCUACUUCACCACCUUUGUCUUCUUCAUUUUCUUCAUUCUCAUGAACAUGUUCCUGGCUAUUAUCAACGACACCUACUCUGAGGUGAAGGCAGACAUGUCUCAGCAGAGGUCAGAGAUGGAGAUGACGGACCUCAUCAAAAAGGGCUGCAACAAAGCCCUGAGGAAGUUGCGGCUGAAAAAGACGGCGGUGGAUGACAUCUCUGACAGUCUCCGGCAGGCCGGCGGGAAGCUCAACUUUGAUGAACUCCGGCAGGAUCUGAAAGGGAAGGGCCACUCGGACGCAGAGAUCCAGGCCAUAUUUGCCAAGUACGACCACGAUGGCGAUCAGGAACUGACGGAGCACGAGCACCAGCAGAUGAGAGACGACCUGGAGAAAGAGCGAGAGGACUUGGACCUGGAACGCAACUCCAUGACGCGGCUCGGCAGUGGGCGGGGCUUCCCCAGAGUGCAGGAUGACUCGGAGGAGGACGACGACGAGGAUAGCGGCCACAGCUCCCGUCGGCGAGGCAGCAGCUCCGGAGGAGUUUCCUACGAGGAGUUCCAAGUGUUGGUGAGACGAGUGGACCGCAUGGAGCACUCGAUCGGCAGCAUUGUAUCCAAAAUUGAUGCCGUCAUUGUGAAGCUGGAAACUAUGGAGAGAGCAAAACUGAAACGCAGAGAUGUUCUGGGUCGACUUUUGGAUGGAGUCAUGGAAGAUGAACGACUGGGGCGGGACACAGACGCUCACCGAGAGCAGAUGGAGAGGCUGGUGAGGGAGGAGCUGGAGCGCUGGGAGUCAGACGAUGUGGUCUCGCAGGUCAGCCACCCGCCUCCAGCCACGCCGGUGCCCCUUCGCCAGCGUCCCGCCUCCACCCUGUCCACAGAGGAGCUCGACACAAGCGGGAGUGCACAUGUGUAGACUUCAGAAGUAACUUAUUUGGACAUGAUCUCCGCUUAAAUCCUGAAAACUUUAUGUGCACGUGACCUGAAUUCCGCAUGAGAAGCCUCCACCGCUGUACAUAUUCCUCAUAUUCUCCACAAAUGCCAAAAAAGCCGUUUUUAAUGUGCAUUUAUGAAGAGCAAUAGCAAGUGUAGUACAUUGCCUCACUCGUCAUUUAAGCUUCCUUUUAUGAUACAUAUUGUAACUUAAAACAAACUUCGAUUUGGAGUGCAUUGUGUGUUCAUGGGAAACCCAUGCAUUUACAUUUGACUGUACUUUUUUAAUAUGUUUAAUAAAAGUUGUACA